ACACACAAAGUCCAGCAUUCAUGUGUGUGGAUUGGGUAGUUAGUUUUUUCCAAACUAUUACUACCAGGCGGAGGUGUUGUGUGACAUAAACAAAGAGAAGAUGCAUUAUUACAGAUAUGAAAAUGCAGAGGUCAGCUGUUGCUACAAAUACCUCAUGUUCAGCUACAACAUUAUAUUUUGGCUAGCUGGAUCAGCCUUCAUUGCAAUUGGCUUUUGGGCUUGGAGUGAAAAGGGUGUUUUAUCAGAUCUGACUCAAGUCACACGUCUGCAUGGUUUCGACCCAGUUUGGGGGGUGCUUGUUGUGGGCACAGUCACUUUUAUUUUGGGAUUUGCUGGGUGUGUUGGAGCACUCAGGGAAAACAUCUGCCUCCUUAAGUUUUUCUCUGGAGUCAUUGGAUUCAUAUUCUUCCUGGAACUGACUGCUGCAGUUUUGGCGUUCGUGUUCCAGGGCCAAGUUAGGGAGUGGAUCAGCGAAUUCUUCUUGGCCAAUGUGAAGGCCUACAGGGAUGACAUUGAUCUGCAGAAUCUGAUCGACUCUCUCCAGAAGCUGAAUCAUUGCUGUGGAGCUAAACACCCAAACGACUGGAAUAUGAAUGUGUAUUUUAACUGCUCAAAUAAGAAUAACCUCAGCAGAGAGAAAUGUGGAGUGCCCUUUUCCUGCUGCAUCAGCGACCCUGCUGUUACGGUGCUCAACACGCAGUGCGGGUAUGAUGUUAGAGAAAAAGGCACUUUGAAUGAUUGGAGCAGUUCCAUUUAUAUCAAAGGAUGCAUCGAUGCUUUAGAGGACUGGCUUCCCCGUAAUCUCUACAUUGUGGCUGGAGUCUUCAUAGUCAUAUCAUUGCUACAGAUGGUGGGGAUCUUCUUGGCAAGGACGCUGAUUGGUGACAUUGAAAAAGUCAAGUUUAAUUAUUACUGAGCUCUCAUAACUGGAAGCAAGCGAAGGGCAAUGUAUGGAAAAAGAUGCGGACCUCCUCUUACUGUUUCAUGCCUCCCUUUGUGGAGGAGUAAUUUUUAGGAAUAUCUGUGGAGAAAAAGACCCUGGACCUUCUUUUUCAGCUUUGUAAAGACCAUAUUGAAUACGCAGCUGCCUAUGUUCAUUUGGAUAUUGUCACACAUGUGCCUUCUCUCUUCUUCAAGUUUACCUUUAACCCACUUUUUUAUUUCAUAAUUUUUCCACACUUGUUUUGUAAGACAAGUGUUAUUUUUGGAACCACUAAUAACCAAGCUUUAUAUACAUAAUGGCAAGAUGUUGGGACCAUAAAAUGUUAAUUGACGUGAUAUUCUAAAUCUUAGCCUUAGAGGAAGCAGACUAGCCAACCAGGCUGUACUAAAAUGUCUUUUUAUGACACUUCAAAAUAAUUUGUGCACUCUUUUUGGGCUACUACAUUUAGUACAAAAGCAUGUUCAGUACUUUUUUUAGAUUAAAACAAAAAUAAUAAUAAACAUCUUAAGAAAUGACCUCACUCAUUGGGCAUGGAUUACAUGCAUUACAUUAAAGUGCAUAUCUUUUUUUUUUUCUUUUUUAAUUUGAGCUUGGUUAUUUUUGUAGCUAUUCAUAUUUAUGCAGACUUUUGCGUAAUUUUCUUCCCCAGAAAAGUGUUAAUUCACUCAAAGAAAAAACUUGAGACCUCUGAGAAAUUAGUUUAUCUUCACAACACAGAAGAAUAUAUAUUUUAAUCAGAUCUGAGAGAUCUCUAUUCCUCCCACUGGAAUUCUAUUCAACCAUUACUUUCAUGCCUGAGACGCAUUCACUUUAUAUGAUGAACAGAUUUAAUUUAAGCCUUUUUCACAUAUAAGCAUUGUUAAUCUGUUUACCAUAUGAAGCAAUCAAGUCUCAUCCCAGAUUUAAAGUAUCUUCAUAUGGGUUGGGGUGAACAGAUGUGUGAGAGUAAAACACAGCGGAAUUUUAAUUUGCCUGAAACGUUUAUCCCAAGAACUGAAAUUUGAAAGUAGAAAUGUAAAAGAUAAGCAAGUUCUUCAAACAGUUCUUGAAACAGGUAAGCAAGUUAUUUCUGGCCAUCCUGUUCAUGAUCGUUUAACUGAAUGUCGCACUUAAUCUUGCUCAUUAACUUUGUAGAUAUUUAGGAGUCAUUUUAGUUAUUUCUAAUGUCAACAAUGCAUUUCAGAUGCCAACACUUACCUCCUAUUUCUACUCUUGCUUGGUGACUAUGCAAAAAGCAUCAGGCUGUGCCUUUUCUCUGACAUGAAAGAUUUUAUAAAUGUCCUUACUGUUUGUUAGCUAGAUGCACUGUGGAAAAAAUAUCUGUUUAUUAAGUUUCUGCGUGUUUUUCACUUAUUUACAAUUGUGAAUUGCAUCAUGUGACCUUGAUCUCAGCUCUGUCGAAUUUUGAUCUUAAAAGUUUAACAAAGUGCUUUUUACUGUUGUUUUAGUACUUCAGAAUUUAGAAUUUUUAUCCAUUUGUAUUGGGAUAUAACAGAAAAUUUACAGGCAGUUUAUUACAAGGUUUUUGUAUGUGGUUUUUUUAAAAAUAUUUUUGGAUUUUUGUACCAACAAAGACAAUAUAUCACUUUAAACUAUAUUAAAAAUGUUAAUAAAAGUCACUGUUUCAAACUUUUUACGGUGUUUGAAAAAAGAUCAAGGUAAUAAUGCAAUUCAAAAGCAUAAAUAAAUAGGGAAAAAAUUCAAACAUGAAUCACGAAACAUGCCUGUAAGCAGAUAUUUUUUACAGUGUAGAAUCAAAACCACAAUUAACCUUUUGUUUUUUGAAUGUCAAUCAUAUCAUGUCUAAGAAUAUUGACUUUUUGUUGUAUUAUCAAUUAAACAUUUAACAGUCAUUACAGCACAAACUAUUUAAAAUGCGUGUUUACAUUUUGAUAGGCCAAACAUGAUAUGCAUGUCUCUUGUCCUUACAUUUGUUUUGCCCAAAGACUUUUUUUUUCUUCCUGUUUACAGUUUUGUCUUGGUAUAAAUAAAUGACCUCUUAUAAAUGCUAAAAGAAUAUGUUAAAAAUGAAAAGGAAAAAACACAUUAGAAGUUCUUGUAUUUAGUGCACUAUUUUGUCCCUUUUUGGAGUGUUUGUCUCUGCCAUGGUGUAGUGUUUAAGCAUGAUAGAGAAUUUACUAAAAUGCAGUAUAUUUGCCCUGAUUUUGCUGCAUGAGCCUUUUUCCCAUGAAGGGAUUUUUUUCAUAUAUAGAUGUCAUUUGUUGUCAAGUUUGUGUUUGUGUCUUUGUAAAUAUUUUAAUUAUUUUCUUUUUUUAUACUCGAUAAUAAAAAAGUUUAACUUUA